UACUUACCAGAAUAUUUUGAAAUAACUAUUACCAUACAUAUGUACGUAACUAGAUUUAUUUAAAAAUAGCAUAGUGCCAUAUGUAUUAAAAUAUAAUAUGUUGGUGUGUAAUAACUGAUUUGUUCGGAAUUAUAUAUCAGCCAAAACCGGGAUGUCCCGACAAAUAUUCAAACUCGCCGUCACAAUACUGGCCAUCUGGCAGCUUAACUUUCAACAUGCGGAAGCAGGCUUAAUGAACCAAUUCACAGACUUUGUCGACUGGCCCCCGAUAAUAGAUCCAGAUAUCCCCCAAGAUCCGAAAAUCCCAGCCGAUCCCGAUCCUAAUACCACACCUGUUUCACCUACUAAAAUCGUUUCUCCACCGGAAACUCCAUCUGAUUUGCAAACUGGAAACACAGACGCAGCUUCUCCUGGACGUCCAAGAGACCCCAUUCCGCCGCCUAUGGGAUCCUCGGGUUCUGGGGAUGGUACUGCAUCCCUGGAUAACGGAAAGUCACCAGAUGCCGUCGAUACGCAGACCGAUUUUCUUUUUCCAACCGACGCACAAAUCGGCGGAACCGAUGGGGGUCUUCGCGGGCCUCUUCUACCUCCUGGAGGCGGCACUGACACCAGCCCACAGGGACCAAUUGUCGACGAAAGUUCUGCACUACCAAAGGUUCCAGAUCCUGUCGACCCAAGUCUACCAGAGCCACCGGCGGACCCGGACACCCCCCGGGACGUGUCGCCGAUGGUAACCGGUUCUAAGGUACCAGAUUCUCCACUGGUAUCUGGGACAGGGUCGGAAACUGGGGGAUUGACACCGGGUGAUUCUUCCGGAACAGGAGACGCGCAAAUAGGAAGUGACGUCAACAUAUACAUAUCGCCCACAUGCAGGCUGCUUGGGACAAUGUCGAUCGCAAACUUUGGGAAGAACUCAAAACGGCACCGGAUGUUGCGCAAAGAAUGCUCGAAGGAGAAAAAACGCGCACGACAACUGCAAAAGAAAAAGGAAAAGAACAAACAAUCGGGUCCAAUUGAGCCAAAUAUUGCCACAAUGGUGAGGAUACCUGGGCGUGUGCCCAAGGUAAAGGGCCAGGGACGUGGAAAUCCUCGGGGCAAGAGGGCGGCUAAGUGCAAGGGCUGGCAAAAGAAGCAAGGCUUGUGUGGCACAGGGAUAAACGCAGUGGUCACAUUAUUCCAACGCCGUCGAAAAGGACUUGGGGACAAACACGAUGAUAAUGUUGGUGUUGUUGGUGGUGAUGCUGACGAGGACAUCGACGAUGAUGACAAUGAUGAUCAUAAGAAUGAUGAUGAUGAUGAUGAUGAUGAUGAUGAUGAUGAUGAUGAUGAUGAUGAUGAUGAUGAUGAUGAUGAUGAUGAUGAUGAUAAUAAGGAUGAUGAUAAGGGUGAUGAUGAUAAGGAUGAUAAUGAUAAGGAUGAUAAGGAUGAUAAGGAUGAUGAUGAUGAUGAUGAUGAUGAUGAUGAUGAUGAUGAUGAUGAUGAUGAUGAUGAUGAUGAUGAUGAUGAUGAUGAUGAUGAUAAGGAUAAUGAUGAUAAGGAUGAUGAUAAUAAGGAUGAUGAUGAUAAAAAGGAUGAUGAUGAUGAUAAUGAUGAUGAUACUAACGAUAAUACUAACGAUAAAAAUACCGAUGAUGAUGAUGAUGAUGAUGAUGAUGUUGAUGAUGAUGAUGAUGAUGAUGAUGAUGAUGAUGAUGAUGAUGAUGAUGAUGAUGAUGAUGAUGAUGAUGAAUAAAAGUAAUGAAGCC